AUGAAAUGUACACAGCCCUACGUUCCUUUGUCUAAUGACCCACCGCCAGCAGAUGCAGCCCAAAUUGACCUCCUCUUUCGCCUUCGAAUAAUAGAGCAGCUGCAAGCGUUCGCCUAUCCUCAUAUCCACCACUACCAUCCUGAUGACCAUAUAAUCGACAUCCUCAACUGGAUAGCCUCCUGCUUCGCUCGGAAUGCCUCAGGAGACGCUGUAUCAGUUGCCUUUUCCGCGCAUCCCGGUCUCAUCACCCUCUACGUUGCCAAUAACCAUAAUACUCCAAACACCGACACUGUCAAGAACUGUGUGACGCUCUUUCUCUCCACCUUGCGCACAGUACUCCAUGAUGAUGACAUUGCGCCGGAGGUGGCAUCCCGUAUGUUUUUCCGCAUGGUGGUGGAUAUUGCGCAUGCGAGGAUACAACGUAAAAUAGACCUCGUGGGUCAGACGGAGGAGGGACCUGGCCAGACAGCGUAUCACUUCACGAACCUUGUGUCGCUAUGGCUCGUAUAUCGCCCAGAGGGUGAACAGUCGCGGGGGUUCUUGAAUAUGGCAACGAAUUACGGCGGAGACUCAGCCCGUGCGAACGAGUACCUUAUACAGUCCUUUCUUACGUUGGUGAACCUAUCACCGGAGCAAGACAAGAUAGACGUGGACGAACGAUAUACCUAUCUCUCCUCUAUAAUCACCGCCUGCAGCUUGUUGGUCAAUUCCACGUUCUUUGGCGACCUCGUAAACUAUCACUCCUUCCGGUUAUCUUUAAAGAUUCAGGAUCGUGAGUUGUCACCUUUCUACCUUAUCAUGUACUGA